AUUCAGGUUAUUAUUCAAGAUCUAUGAAAAAUAAAUUUGAGUCUGUUGUAGCAUAUAUUCAUAAAUUUUUACAACCAUUUAAAAAGAACUAAAUAUGGCUGAUGGUGCAUCUAAAUAUGAUCGUGCAAUAACCGUAUUUUCUCCUGACGGACAUCUUUUUCAGGUAGAAUAUGCACAAGAAGCUGUUGUCAAAGGAUCGACUGCUAUCGGCGUUAGAGGUAGAGACGUGGUUGUCUUGGGAGUAGAAAAGAAAUCCAUCGCCAAAUUGCAAGAAGAACGCACAAUCAGGAAAAUAUGUUCCCUGGACGACCAUAUAGUCAUGGCAUUUGCCGGUCUAACAGCUGACGCCAGAGUACUCAUAAACCGAGCCAGAAUAGAGUGUCAGAGCCACAGGUUAACCUUCGAGGAUCCAGUCUCUGUCGAACAUAUUUCCCGAUAUAUCGCAUCCUACAAACAAAAAUACACGCAAAGCAACGGUAGACGUCCUUUCGGCAUAUCUAUCCUCUUAGCUGGGUUUGAUCAAGAUGGCAGUCCCCAUAUAUUUCAAACGGAUCCAGCCGGUACACAUCUAGAAUGGAAGGCUAACGCUAUAGGGAGAGGCUUUAAAACGGUCAGAGAAUUUUUGGAAAAAAAUUACACUGAAACUGAAGUUGCUACCAAGGAAGGCUGCAUUUCUCUUGCCGUUAAAUCUCUGCUCGAAGUCGUUCAAAGUGGCGGGAAAUCCAUGGAGAUCGGGAUUAUGGAAAGAGGAAUGCCUUACAAGACUCUGACUCCAGAAGAGAUCGAAGGCUAUAUCAUCAAGAUUGAGAAGGAAAGGGAAGAAGAGAUUGAAAGGAAAAAACAACAGAAAAGAUCUUGAAAAUAUUUUUAUCCUCACUUUUUUUUCAUGUAUUUUCAUUUUUUAUAUUUUAUUUUUGGAUUUUAAAUAUUCAAAAAAAUAUUACUUGAUUUACAUUUAAAAAACGGAAAA